GUCUGUCUUGGUGCUGCUGUAUGUACAGCGUUGCGCAGAAUGUCAAAUAACAUUAAGAACUUUUCAGUGGGAUAUAAUCCCAUAAACAAAAGCAAUAUUUUCAGCAGUGGUGAUCAUAUCUCUGGACAGAUAACGCUGGAACUGACAGCAGAUUCCAACAUAGACUCGCUCAGCAUAAAGCUGAAAGGCAAAGCAGAAGUCAUGUGGACUGAAUAUCAUUAUGGAGAGUCAAUUAAAUCAUACCAUGGCAAACAAAAGUUCUUCACUCUCAAGCAAGUUAUCAUUCAGAAGAACCAGGGCAAUAACAUUGUGCAUGCAGGCUGCAAUGUCUACCCAUUCACCUUUCAGAUCCCAUUAGAAGAGCUGCCAUCCUCCUUCAGGGGUUCAUUUGGAAGUAUCACAUACACACUGGAGGCAGUCCUGAGCAGGUCGAUGAGAAUGAACACCAAAGCCAGGGCAGAGUUCACCCUCAACCACAAACAAGACCUGAGCAGCGAUCCAACGCUGAUGGAACCACAGCACAAUACGCUUAAUAAGACGUUGAAGCUCUUCUCCUCUGGAGUUGUAACCAUGGAUGUAAAUAUAACCCGAACCGGCUUCCGCCAAGGCGAAGGCAUACUGGUCGUGGCCUCCUUUGAAAACAAAUCGUCACGUCCUGUCAAGCCCAAGUACUGCUUGAAUAAGAAGGAAACUUAUUUUGCAAAAAGAAGGAAGAAAGUCGAAACAAAAGACAUUGUGAAAGAGGCGGGCGAUGUCAUCCAACCUUUUGGCAGUGCGACGGUCACCAGAAUCAUAACCAUCCCUCCCGUCUCCUAUGUGUCAGUCUUAAACUGCAGCAUCGUCAGAGUAGAGUACAGGCUCAAGGUCUAUUUGGAUGUCAAGUACGCUUUAGAUCCAGAGAUCACGUUUCCCAUAGUCGUCCUGCAGGCUGUAGAGAGAGUCGAUGAAGAGCAGAACCUACAGUUGCCUGAUGUUCCUUCUUAUGGAUAUCGAGCAUUUUCAGGCUCCAACCCAGCAGCAUCUGGCCCUCCUCCUCUACCACCACCUUAUGGGACAUAUGAGCCGUAGUCCUCCAUGAUUGGUUUUGACAGAAAGUCUUGGAAGCUCAAACAUAGGUUUGGAGAACACGUGGUUCGCUUUAUUAAAGUUAGGAGCUACCAUGAUUGAUGAAAGGCUCCCUCCAUGGGGACAAUGAAACAACAUGUCUGUUUAGUACAAUUAUUGUAGGUGAAGUGUGUUUUAGGGCUAAAAAGUAGAGACAGCAUCUUGAUCUUGACUGAAACAAGCAGUUUCAAAAUCAUAACCAGAAUCAGAAUCAGCUUUAUUCAUCCACGUGGGGCAAUUAGGAGAGCAAAGAGUGGAACAUUUUAUGGAUGGGCACAAGCAGCAUAUUGUGUUCAAUUGCAGGCCUGAGGCCAGUAACAGCAUGAGUGGUUUGCUAUGUAGGUAAUAAGGCAGAAGUAUCUAUAAAGAGUCUAGAUGUAUAGUAGCAAAUCUGAAAUAAAUAUAACAAAUAUAAAAUAUCUGAUACAGUAGUAGUAAAUAAUGUGAAGCAUGGAUUAAACUCAAGAAAAACUGAAUCUUGUGUAUGUUCCGUAUUACAAUGAUUAUUUGAUUGCCAUGUGGCACUGGCAGCCCCACAGCCACAGCAGAGUUGGUAACCCCUGUGCAUCGACACACUUUAGUUCUUAGAUUUGUGACACUUUUACAUUCAUAUUGCACAUACACAAACACUUAAAUGACCACACAUACAUUUUUAGUUCAUACCGCAUAUUUAUGGUUUAUUUAGCAUUUGUAAAAUUUAAAUUUAAUAGUUUUGUUUAAUUGACUGGUAAACAAACUGUCCUGUGUUGUUUCUUUUGUUGUUAGUUAAUGUGUUAGUGUUUUAUGUUAUCCCCUUUGUAUGUACUUGGCCUGAUUAGCCACUAUAUAAGUCCCCUUUGUUCUCUAUUUGUUAGGUCAGUUGGUUUGCCAAGUUGCUUUAGCAUUAUAGCCUGAGUUCAGUUUUGUUUAUUUGCCCUCUUCAAUGGGCCCAGAAUUAAUUGCUUGUUUUUGUAAAUUGUUUCCUAUUUUGGGGGGGUGAAUAAAACCCGUAUUUUUAAAAAUCCA